AUGUUUUAAUAAUUCUAAAAAAAAGAUGAAAGAGAUAUGACUAUUUAAAAAUUAAAAAUAAGGAACCCAGACGCAUUUAAAUCUUAAAUACAAACAAAAAAGGUUGUAAUUGUAAAAAAUCUAACUGUAAAAAAAAAUACUGUGAAUGUUAUAGUACAGGUAUUAAAUGUAAUGAAUAUUGUAGAUGUGAAUCUUGUUUGA